UACUUAAGUUAUUCGCGUCUAAUUUUCGUAAAAAUUUGUGAAGUUUUCCGAAAUUUGUUAAAUAAAUUAAAUAGAGUGGAUAAUUAGAAAUGCCGCCCACUAUAAACAAUUCGGCAGUCAAUAGCGCAGCCGAGAAGCGGCCGCAACGGCAAACGGAACGCAAAUCCGAGAUAAUUUGCCGCGUCAAAUAUGGCAAUAAUUUGCCGGAUAUACCCUUCGAUCUGAAGUUCCUGCAGUAUCCCUUCGAUGGCAAUCGUUUUGUGCAGUAUAAUCCCACGUCGCUCGAGCGCAAUUUUAAAUACGAUGUGUUGACUGAACAUGAUUUGGGCGUCACAGUAGAUCUGAUUAAUCGGGAGCUGUACCAGGCGGAUCCUAUGUCACAAUUGGAUCCGGCCGAUGAAAAACUGCUCGAGGAGGAGACGCUAACGCCCACAGAUUCAGUGCGCUCGCGCCAGCAUUCGCGAACCGUGUCCUGGCUGCGCAAAUCCGAAUAUAUAUCCACGGAGCAAACACGCUUCCAGCCGCAGAAUCUGGAGAAUAUCGAAGCCAAGGUGGGCUACAAUGUUAAGAAGUCGCUGCGUGAGGAAACGCUCUAUCUGGAUCGCGAUGCACAGAUCAAGGCCAUCGAGAAGACGUUCAGCGAUACGAAGAACGAUAUUACCAAGCACUACUCCAAGCCAAAUGUGGUUCCCGUCGAGGUGUUGCCCAUAUUCCCCGACUUCACCAAUUGGAAAUAUCCGUGUGCGCAGGUCAUUUUCGAUAGUGAUCCGGCGCCACAGGGCAAAAAUGUGCCCGCACAGCUGGAGGAGAUGUCGCAGGCCAUGAUUCGUGGUGUGAUGGACGAGAGCGGUGAACAGUUUGUUGCCUACUUUCUGCCCACAGAGCCAACGCUGGAGAAGCGUCGCAUCGAUUUUGUGGCCGGCGAGCUUUACAAAGACGACGAGGAAUAUGAAUAUAAAAUUGCGCGCGAAUACAACUGGAAUGUCAAGACAAAAGCAUCCAAGGGUUACGAGGAGAACUACUUCUUUGUCAUGCGGCAAGAUGGCAUAUACUACAACGAGCUGGAGACCCGUGUGCGGCUCAACAAGCGACGCGUCAAGGUCGGACAGCAGCCCAACAACACAAAAUUGGUGGUUAAGCAUCGACCGCUGGACGCCAUGGAGCAUCGCAUGCAACGCUAUCGUGAACGCCAGCUGGAGGUGCCCGGCGAAGAGGAGGAGGAGGAGGAAGAUGAUGAAAUGGAAGCUGUUGUUCAGCAAACGCAGCAAGAAACUGGGCAGGAACAACAAGCAACAGCGGAGAAUUCAGACAACUCCAAGACACCAGUUGAUGUUAAUGUUGCCGCUGCUGCUGUUGGCUCCACUCCUGCACCGGAUGCACAGCAGCAACGUGAGCGACAAUCACGGUCAAGAACGCACUCCGGAGGCACACGUUCGCGCACCCGCAGCCGCAGCGUUGGCAGUGGCAGUGCAGCCAGCGGUUCGCGCAGUCGCAGCCGUUCCAGCUCAGCCAGCGGCUCUGGUUCACGUGCUAGCAGUCGUUCCAAGUCGGGCACACGUUCACCCAGCGGCUCACGAUCACGUUCACGUUCCCAGACGCCAGCCGGCUCCCACAAGUCGCGCAGUCACACGCCCUCCAAAUCUAAAUCUAUAUCAAAGUCACGCAGUCGCAGUCGCAGUCGCAGUGCAUCCGGCUCGCGUUCUGGCUCCGGCUCACGCUCACCCAGCCGUUCGCGGAGUGGCACGCCCAGCGGCUCUGGCUCUAGCUCUGGCAGCGGCACCGAGGAGGAGUAAAACGUAACACAAAUAGAAACAUUUGCAACCUGUAAUAUUAAGAGCAAAAUACACAACAAAAUUUUACACAAAA